CAUCAACCUAUCCUUGCCACGUCACCACCCUAUAGCUGGCUUUCUCCUUCUCUUCCCUCCUCCUCCCCUCAUCCACAGCCCCAUCCCCCCACUAGUUCUCUUGGUAACUUUAUACUCGACCUGCUGUGACCUAUUGUUGCUCUACUAUACAAAGUUUGCACGUUUUCCUCAUACAUCCAUUAUCUAUAUAUAUAUACACAUAUAUAUAUACAUACAUAAAAGGCUCAGGAAAAGAAGUAACCAGUUUGUACAAUUAACAAUCAUAACUUUGCAAAGGCCUUCAUUACUUGAUAGUCUUUUGGUUUUUGAUGAUAAUACCCCCUUUCUCUUUACCCACACACCCCCUUCAGAAUCCACUGGGAAGGUUGUGCUACAUCAUCGCUUGUAGCCUUGUCCUUUUUUGUUAAUAAUAAGGCCCCUUUGGUGGUUUCAGCAAAGAGUGGAGCUUUUGACUCUCCCUAGCCACAGAAAGAGCACUCUCUCGUCUAGAGCCUGUGUUCUAAGGCUCUAGAUUGAGAACUUUACCCAUCAUCUCAUCAUGCCCAAACUCUAAGAAUAUACAUUUUCUUUUUUCUUUUUUUCUUUUUUUCCUUCCUUCCUUCAAAUUUAAUUUUGGGGAUAUUUACUCCUUUUGGCCUUUGAUUUACCACCACCUCUCCCCCAGCCCCCACAGUGCAUCUACUUAGCUUGGUUUCCCUCUGUCUUAUAAUACCAUUUUUGAUAACUGUGUUUUAGUGGUUCCUAAAUUCCAAAUCCUUAAACCUCAUUUACCAUUUAUACUAGUAAGCUCCAACCCCUCCCCCCCCCAAAACCCGCCUAUAUGUGAUAUCAUUUCGAUGACGACAUGAUAACGACAAAAAUUAUCCAAGACCCAGCACUGUUUAAGUUGUUAUGAAGCUUGUACGGUGUGAGUGGGCGCCAUCACUGGUGGUGGAGUGGCUGUGUGGGGAACUGGAGGAGCGUGGCAUCCCAGGACCCACCUAUGCGCACACCCUCCUUUCCCUCCUCCACCACCACUACUGUCCCCAUCCUGCCCCUACGACACCCAUCUCCGCUUCCACCUGCUCGCCCAUUGGCACAGGCAACUACCAGCACCCCCUCUCUCGGCGCCACCUGGAUGACUUUGACCUGCGCGACCUGGACCUGGACGAUCUCCUAGGGCAUACCGCGCACCCUGACGCUGAUCUUCCUGACUUUGCUACGUUUUCAACACAGCAGCGUGGAGGAAGUCGUCGUGCUCGAAAGCGUUACAAGGUUCGCCAGAAACAGCGUAUUCUGACCUCAGAGCAACUGCAGAAGGUGGCAGCCCUUCAGUGCCUCAUGUCUGCUUCUGAUGAGCGAUAUGAUCUUGAGAGCCUCAUAGAAGAACUCUGUGUACGCCUGAAGACUGCUGCAGAAAACGAGCACAACGUGACUAACAGCACCACCCCUUGUAAUAACAAAUCCAUUGCACGGAAAGGAGGAUCGCAAGAGAGUAUUAAUGACACAGAUGACUCAGCAUCAACAUCAACGCCGGAAGAACAAGCUGAGAAGUACUAUGCAGCCUUUCCACCCCUAAGUAAAAACUGUAAGGAGAACUGCAUCCGUGAGAAGCAAUGGCAGCCAGGAAAGGCACUAUGCUCAUGUGUUUGGGAGAACCAGAAACCUUCAUUUUCCUCAAGUCGUGAAACCCUAAAGCUGAGCAGUAGUAAGAUGCCUCGCUCUCACCGCAAGAAGGGUCGUGAGAAGGAGAAGAAGAAGGAAGCGGAGGCCAAGUUUGAUGUGCCUGAGGGUCACGAGGGCAGCAGGAGACAUCACCAUGUGUCAUUCACAUGGCAUGCAGCCUCCAAGCACCGCGAUUCCAAGUUGAGUGAGAGCUACGACACAGAUAGUGCCUCGGAGCAUGAACGCAGCGGUGAGAGGAGGAGGAAGAAGUUCCUGGGCCCCCUCUUGGACGAGGACAUUGGUGAAGGCUACAUUGGAGAUACAAGUUCACGUGAGAGUUCUGAAGACCGAGACAAGGGUGAGCAGGAUCAGGAGAAGGGAAAAGGAGACAAAGGUGAUAAGAAUUAUGGGUCAUCUGUGCAGGAGAAGAACAGGGCAAGCCAGGAAGAAUGGGAGUGCAUGGGAGACCUGUUAAUGGAACCAAAUCAACAUGGGAGUGGUGUGCCACUGACAAGUGGAGGUGGCCGUCUCUUUGAGCGUGGAAGCACCUCUGGGGGCACCAGCGGCUCCAGCAGCGAUGUUGAGACAUAUCCCUAUGCAACAGUAGACCAGGAGGCUGAGAGUGUGCGGCAGUUAGAGAGGAAAAUUUCAGAUACGGUGGCACAGGUGUGGGGCCAGGCAAGUGAACAUCUGGGUCAUGGUCAAGGAGAACAUGUGUGGGAUCCCCCUUCUAUGGAGGAGCUGACCCUCUACACUGCCAUAUGUGGCUUGGGUUUCCCUGAUCCACACGGAACCCAAGACUUGGCUGCCAUCGAGCAGAUACCAUGCAGUGAAACUGUCCAUGCAUCUUUGAUAUCAAAUAUCGAAGGAUGGCAGCAGAGUCAGUCUUGGCAAGCCCUUGAUCUAAUCACCCAAAAUGACCCUCUCCUGUGUAACAUUAGUUGCCAAAGCCCACAGGAGAGUCACAAGGUUGAUGCUGGAAAGGAUGCCAGCGCCCUCAUUCACCUGACCAGUAGCCUAGAAAAAUCCAUUUGGUCUGACUGUAAUGCCAACAAUAUCUCUGGCAGUGAGGGCACCUUGUCAGCUUGCAUAGAGGAUCCUCACCUCAGCAACAUUUUAGAGAGUAGAAAAAGCGACAGCUGCCACACAACCGAGGAGCUGGAGAAUAAAUUAUGUGAGUCAUUCAUGAAGCUAGGCUUGGAAAAUCUAUGGGAAAAUACUCUAGGCCUGGAAGGUGUGUUUGAGGACCCUAGUGUAAAUAAUUGUAACUUAGAAUAUAUAUCUGAAAAUAAAAGUGGCGAAGGAGUUCGAACAGAUUCAGAACAUGAGAAGAUGAUGGCCCUUGUGGAAGAUGUAUGUAAAAGCUAUGAGUCACAAGAAGAAAGCGCUUUGGAUAGCUCGCUGCUGAAGCAGCUGCCGUCUGGCCCAACAGGGCCUCAGGCUGAUCUGCAUCACACUGAAAGCAGUGGGUUCUCUAUGGUGGUUCCUCGUGGCAAAAGCACUGAACUUGGGGCCCCUCCUGACCCCCUUACAGAAAGUAUGUUGUUAGGCCAUAGCCAUGCUGGACACCUUGGGAAUAUGGACACUUUACCUCUCGGCCAGGAUGAGGAAAACUUGCUCACUUCUCCUCGAACACACUUCAGGCCCAUCCGUCAGGAAAGCAUUGGGAGCACAGCAGACGACCACUAUGAGGAUGGGACAAUGUUCAUCAUCAACUCGGAGCGGCCAGAUCUGCCCUUCCAGAGGACGAGCAGUGGGGCCUUAUUCCUAGAGAGUGACCUGCUUGAAGGUUCACCCAAGAAGUACAUGGUGUACAAGGAACCUGUGCCUAAGGUUGCUCCACCAGAUGAGGAGGAAGAACUUGUCUCCCAUAACCCCUAUCCAGCUGUUGCAUUAAUACCUAAAUUCAAAGUAGUCAAUAAUGAGAAGUUCUGCCAAACAGAGACAGCAACUGCUACUACCAAUGGGAGGCCUUCCACCAUCAGUGAAAAGCGGGCUUCAUAUGAAACAGGUGGGAUCAUUGAAGGCUUUGGCCACAGCCAGGAUGAGGAGCCAGAUGUGUUUGAGUUCCAACACCAGGACUUCCCAGAUAACAAAAAUUUGGCACAAAUUUGGAAGAAUGAGAUCCAGACAUCAGAAAGUUCAUUCCCAAGAAAUAUAUGGCAUAUCAACACUGACUGUGAUGGAGGAGACGGAUGGCCCCAUUUGCACGAGCUAGAGGGAGCUGGCCUCUCUGGCAGUGCCUGGUUAAGCAGGGGAGGGGAAGGUGGCGCUGUAGGCUGGAGCAGUGAGGGUCACUUUGAGACCCCUGCUGAAGUGAUGAUGAAUCAGAGGUCGGAGGCACUAGCUUCUCUCUGGCAUUGCGACAGCCCUUCUGCUUCCCCAUCCUUCCCUGCAUCCAUCCCUAAUCUUCAAGCUCUUUGGACUGAUGCAAAUCCACAUGCUAUAGAUAAUACUGAUCCAGAUACAGGCAGAUCUAAAAUGUAUAUUAUAACUAAUCCAACAACUCAUAUUCCCGAAAACUGCAGUGUCAUGUCUUCUCUAGCAGAAGUCAGUCCUUGGAAACCUGGAAGCACAUGUAGUAUGGAAAGCAGUGUGAAAAAUAGAAGGGACCAGCUUUGGGCUGAGAAGUCAUUGGCAAGCCAUCAUCGUACUCUACUUCAAGAAGUCAGUUUUAGUAAAAGGAGUGAUGAUGCAAGCAGCAGUAAUAAUAUAGAUAUCCCAGGGGUUUGUCCAGAGUUAAGGUUAGAAGUUGACCAAGAGGCAGAUGAACUCUUGGGAGCAGUUCAUGCUCAGACCUCGAGCAACCUCUCUCACUGCCAAACCCAUCUACCUAGUGGCCGCUCCCUGCUACCAGACCACCAUUCACCCCGUCCCCUGCAUGAACGGCUAAAAAAAUGUAGUUCAGGAAAUCCUGUGAGCAAGACUACACCUUCUGUUAUACCCGAUUAUAAGUUUAAGGGGGAAGACCUUGAGCGAGAGGACCUGGAUGAUUUGGCUCCAGGAUGGGAGCUCAAUGAUGGCUUUGAGUGGGAACCCCAGACCUCUGGAGACCCUGACGACGAGGAGUGUCCAGAUGGAUUAGGGGAUGAUGAUGAUGGGGAAAGUGGAGAGGUUCUCUUGUAUGAGACAGAGGAUGGCACAACGUACACUAUCCCUGUGGAGUACCUGGAUGACACCCUCUAUGACCAGAUAUUUGGUGCCACGGAACCUGCCACUCAGCGCCUUGGAGGGUCCCUGCCUGAUCUGCCAUCAGGCCACCCCGCUGCUAUACGGUUCUCUAGUGAAUUAGAAGACGAAUGGAAGAAGAGUGGUAUUCCUUAUAAGGUCCAAUUACCACGAAAGCCAAGGCCUGGGAGGUGGAUACCCCCUUCUCGGCGGCCCUGUACCUUCUUUAUGGAAGGAAGCUGUCGUCGCAGUGACUGCAAAUUCUCUCACGACCUGUCGUCCAUUACCUGCAGGUUCUGGGAAGAGGGCUCUUGCCUGAAGGGCAUCACCUGCCCCUUCCUGCACGGCUACCCCCUACGUAGACGGCGCAACAAGAGUGAAGGUGCAGUACACAGCGAAGUGGACAGAGCCGAGCACCAUAGUUCCUCCUUUGAAAUAGACUCUGAGAUGGACUUCCCUACCCUUGGGUCAUCCUGUGAGAGUAAGCCAGGAUGUGCUGAUGAGCGCAUUCACCUGGCACCUAGCAUAGGCAGCAGCUGUAGUAGUCAACACAUUACCAGGAAAAAGAAACGGAAGUUUAUCACGAUAACAAAGAAUGUUCUAGGAGAGGUAAAAAGUGCAGAAGCUGAGCGGGCCAUUCGGCGUCGAGCGGCACUGAGGAGAGAGCGACGCCGACGCCACACGGACACAACCACCACCAACACUGAGCUGCACACUGCUGCGCCAAACAGCGAUGCGCCUCCCCCAGUACAGCACAACCCGAACACCCUCAGAAAAGCUGAGCGCCACCGUGCCUCUGCCUCGGGCCAUGAAGACGGCACUGUGUCGGAUUAUUGACAGUGUGUCGCCUAGUCGGGAUUAUACAAUGUGUUGUUCUUUUCUUUUUUUAUUUAAUUUUUCUUUUAUCUUUUUACUUUUUCUUUAUUGAUCUCUCUCUCUCACUCAACCAACAAGGCAGCGUGUGUGAAGCGGGAUAUUUUUUGGUGACAUCGUGUUUCUGCCUGCAGUUGUAUGGAACACCUGGGGCCAAACUGCUCAAGAACAUUUUAGCAUAUUGAAAAAUAGUUCAGACAUUUGUUUAGCAGUUGUGCUGUCUGCACGGAACUGUGGCAGCACUCAAAUCAGCUCUUGACACUCCAGCAAGAAGAUAAUGCCAUUUAUGGAGCAAGGAGUUCCAACAUUUUUUAUCAUUAUUAUUAUUAUCAUUAUUAUUAUUAUUGUUAUUAUUGUUAUCAUUAUUAUUGUUAUAAUUAUUAUCAGCAGUAUUAUUAUUAUAUGAAAAGAUAAUUCAUAAAAGGAAAUGCCAUUGACAUUGUGAGCAUACAUGAGGAAGAAUAUGUUGACGUAGGAAUCAUAUGAGUUUUGUAAGUGGAAACUUAUAUAGCAAGGCAUCUUUUUUUUUGUUUUCAAUUUGAUGAUUAUCAUUUUGUACGAUUUUGUAAUUGUCUACACUUUACUUCUGAUUUACCUAUUGGUAUGUUUGAAUAUGUAUUUUGUGGUGUUUAUAUGAGUAAAACUUUUUUUUUUUUUCUUAAACCAAGCUCUCUUGCAGUAGGCAGUGAUAAGUUGCAACAUUUCAGGGAUUCUGUACUACUUUUGUGAAGAACAAAUGAGCAACAUGUUGAAAGUCAUUGAAUUCCACUGUACUAUGCACAACAUUAAACACAACAAAGUACUUGCUUCAAUGUUGAACUUAUCAUAACCUUCACUGCUCGUGGCCUGUUUUAGAAAAAAAAAGGUCAGAAGAUAUAUCCUUUAGUUAGCAGAAAGGACAAAAUCAUAAAGUCAUACAUUUUAUACACCCCCUUUUCACUAGUGUUGUUCCAAUAUUUGUUGUGAACAGUAGAUAGCAAUCCAAACCGUUUUUCCCAUUGGCCCAUUUUUGUACAGCUUUUUGUACAUUUUCUUUUCAAAGCUCCCUUACUUGUGGCCAGUACAACAGACCCUUCUGGUAAAUUUUAUCCAGUCCUCUGAUUUUUUGUUAGGUCGGAUAUUUGCACUAGUUCCUGUAAUCCAGGUUUGCAGCAGCAGCGCUUGAAAGAGAAGGAGCAGAAACUUUGUGGAGGCUGCAGUGCAUAUUUUUUAUUAUUAUUUUAUUAUUAUUAUUAUUAUUAUCAUCAUCAUUAUCAUUAUUAUUAUUAUUAUUGAUACUAUCAUCAUUAGGUAAAGUCAUUGUUAUUACUACUACUACUAUCAUGAUUAUUAAUAUCAUCAUCAUCUAAAAAAAAAAAUUAUUAUUAAUUUGUUUUUCAUUUUAUUUUCUUGAUAACAUUAACUUUACUUUCUGAGAAAUUCUUACUUUACCAAUGUGAAUAAUUGUCAUAGAAGUAUGUAAAGAAAAUCUCCUCCAAAAGUAACACAGCACAUACAUGUGUGGGUGUUUGUACAUUCAGUUUCAUUCUCGUGCUGUAGGUAGAGGAGUUACAGCAUAAGAAAAAAGAAGACCCUAGUGGUUCCCCAAUGGUGAACAGAGCAUUAGUCAUGUGGCUGGCUCUGCUCAAACAUUCAUGCGCUUGUGCAUGUCCUAUCUUUAUGCUCUCGUGUGUCUAUCCACACUUCCCAGCCUCUUGCUAGUGCGCUGUGGUUGAUAAGUAGAAACAAGAGAGUAGUUAGGUCAUGAGCAUAAUGUGUAUGAAACUCCCUGUCACAUAGAGUUAGAGAUUUAGGUCUAACUCUGACAGUUCCAGCUCAACAUUUAAAAUGUGGAGUUGUUGAUGCAGAAGCAUGGGCUCAGGCGAUCAUGUCCCCUGCUUAUGCAUACGUUGGGCUCAUUGUGUAUUGAUUUGCAUGUGAAAUCUGUUUUGUGGCACGGUAAAGGACUUUCAGCCAUGCAUGGCGGAGAAAACGAGGCCACUGUAAAUAGACUUGAAGACUUGCCCUCAAGCGAGGACUAAGAGUUGGCUCGGUGUAUGAUGAGUGCCACAUUAGGAGAACAGUGACGUGCCAAUCCCUGAGUGAUAGCUUGGUAGGUCCUCAGCGAUACCCAACCAUCACUCAGCUGCCUGUGGGCCUCACAACAUGAUCCCUGUUCUCUCUUGUUUUUCUACUGUAUUAGGAUGUUACUUUAAACCAGGAGUGUGUGAGUGUGAGGAGGUUGCUGAAUAAGCCUUCACAAGUUCUUUUGUUAUUUCUGAGUAACAUCACGUUGGCAAAGAUACUCCUUCUAGUCAAGCAACCCAAAGUGUUAUUAGUUCUUUUGAGUUACUUUCUAAAUCUGUGAGGUCACAAACUUCUGUUUUAAGAGAAAUUAGGAUUCUUUUGCAGUACAUCUGCAAAACUGAUCAGUAGACUCAUGUUUUAAGUUUGUGGAAUCUCACAUGUGUGAGUAUGAUAAACAUGUAUUUUAUGGCAUUUUUUGUCCUUUUAACAAGAAGCAAUAAUGUAAUAAGAUGAAAAUAAAGAGAGAACACGAAGAGAA